UUUUUGAGCGGUGGUUAAGAAGACACAGGCCCAUGCUAGAAGUUUACCCAGCAGCCAAUGCACCCAUUGGGCACAAUCGAGAAAAUUACAUGGUCCCCUUUAUCCCUCUUUAUAGAAAUGGAGAAUUUUUUAAACCCUCAAGAGAGCUGGGAUAUGACUAUGAGUAUCUGCAAGAACCAGCACUUGACUCUUUCCAGGAGUUUUUAAUACCCUACCUUGAGCAAGCACGGCAAAUCUGGGUUUGGUUGGUUGUAGCAGCUGUGAUUGGAGGCAUAGUUACCGCUGUGCUCACAGGGCUCAUUCUGGCCUGCCGGAAGAAAAGAAGAGGAACCUCUUCAGAGAUACAACCAUUGCUCAUAGAAAGUGAAGAUUACAACAAUAUAUCUUAUCAGUCCAAUUUCUAGAGGCCUUCAGUAACUCAGUGAUUUUACUAAGGUGCUAAUCAAACAUGCAGUGUUUGAUUCAUGUUUACAAAUACCUUGUGGAGGUGUGCUGCAUAAGCAGGCUGGACAGUCUUGCUCCCCAUGGCUCUUGUAACCUUCAGUGUUGUAAUAUCUU